GUGACGUAAAUUUUGCUCAGUUUGAGACUAUUUUCAAAAUAUUUGAAAACUUUUCGUUUUGUUUACAGAUGUUUUGCGCCGUUCAAUAUUGUGCAAAUGAAAAGAGAAAACUCCGUUCGUUUUCGUUUCCAAAAGAUGCAAAACUAUGUGAGAAGUGGAUACAGUUUUGUCAGCGACCGAGUAAAAUAAAUUCGAAACUGGAAAAGAUUUGUGUGGACCACUUUUUGAGCGAAGACUUCGAAAGAGAUUUACCCUACGAGCUGGGCGUAUACAGUAAGCCACGCCCACUUAAACUAAAGUCUAAUGCAGUGCCAAGUGUUCAAAACAAGACUGAUGUGUAUUUUGGAAGUGCAUAUGAGCAGCAGAAGCCGAAGCCGGUGCGAACGAAGACGUGGAAAACGAAGAAUGUGGCGCAGCGUAAACAAAUUGUUGAUGCGCUCCUAGAGGAAUAUAAUGAGCAGAUGGCAGAUCAAGGCGCUCAGCUAGAGAUGCAUCUAGGUGCGCCUACGAAUGAGGACGACGAUGUGGCAGAGCUACCCGCUGAGGAAGUAGUCCAAGUAGUGAUCGAUGCCGAUGCGUAUCUCACAGCUCUGGAAAAGGAAAACACGGAAUUGCGGCGCGAGAACUUCAAAAUGAAGCUUGCAAUUGAGAAGCUGCAAAGGCAGCUGACCAUGUGCAAUGGACGCUACAGUGAACUGUUCGACAAUCUAAGCAGAAUCUUCUCGAAGGCACAGCUGCAAAAGCUGCAAAGUGGAAAACGUGUUGUGUGGCAGCAGAGGGAUCUGCGCGACUCCUGUGCGCUGUAUGCCACCAGUCCAAGUGCCUACAAUAUGCUGCUCAAGAAGGGUUACCCACUGCCCUCUAAAAGAACGCUUCAACAUUGGGAGGCCACAAAGCGCUUCCAGGAAGCUGAUGAUGAUAUAGAGAGCUGCAGCAAUCAGCUUCAAAUUGAGGCGGAGCACGAAGAGGCGCAACAGGUGGAGCUUGACCAGCAAACCUACAACCUAAUAGAAGCUAUAGAUAUAACACAAGUAGAUCCUAAUUAUAUUAACUAAAAGUUCAAACUGUGUUAACAAUAUCGAAGAGCUUUAAUUAUAUAGCACAUAGGCUAUUGAAUCAAUAUAGAAUAGGUUUAAUAUAAGCUAUGUUUAUUAUAUGAUGAGAAUUGCAAUAAAUUG